UAUAGCCAUCAAAUUUUACAUAUAUACAUAUAUAAGUAUAUAUAGCCUUAGUCAGAUAUCCAUAUUCUUCUGAAUCCCAAAAAUGGUGGUCUUGAGAUUACAUGGAUUGAUGCUCCGGCUAACAACAUUAAUAAUACCAUCAGCAGCAGCAGUAUUAGCAACUGAUCAUGAACUAGACUCACCAGGCUGCCUCCGCCACUGUGAAGAUGUAGACAUUCCAUAUCCAUUUGGCAUCACUGGAAACUGUUCUCUGAAUGACAAUUUUCUCAUCCACUGUGACAACUCCUCUGGCCAUCUUGUACCAUUCAUAGGUAAUCUCACAGUACGUAGCAUCUCUGUUGAACAACCUCAGAUAAGCAUCUUGUUUGAUGUUGCCAAAGAUUGCUAUACAAAGUCUGGUGAACAAAUAGUGACCAAGACUAAAUCAACUCUAAAGUCCCCGAACUCCAUGUUUAGCAUCUCUACCAAAAACGUCUUCACUAUUAUUGGUUGUGAAUCUUAUUCAUACCUUACUGCAUAUGAAACCAAUAAUGAAAGUAUCUACUUGACUUUGUCCACCACAUGUCGAAGCAUUUAUGGUGUGCACACUGGACCUGCUUGCUCACUUCCUGGGUGUACUUCUACAGAUAUAACUGAUAGACUCCAGAAUAUGACAGUGGAGGCAUAUAGCUAUAACCGACACAAUAAUACAAGAUAUUUCAACAACUGCACCUAUGCCUUUGUUGUUGAACAAAAUCAGUUCAGUUUCUCUCGUGAUUAUGUUACCAAUUUCCCUCAAGAGAAGCUCCCUCUGGCUCUUGAUUGGUCUGUAAGUUAUGACUAUGAUGCAUGUGGGAGAUAUAGCAGAAGACAUGGCCUUGAGGAUGGUUCUGGAUAUUAUUGCCAAUCCAUGAAGGGUUUCCAAGGAAACCCAUAUCUAAAUGAUGGUUGCCAAGAUAUCAAUGAAUGUGAGAAUCUAAGUCUGAAUAACUGCUCUGAGAUCCGGUACUGUGUUAACAAGCAGGAGAGUUAUACUUGUUCUUGUCCCUUCUGGUUCAAAGGAGAUGGGAGAAAAGAUGGAACGGGUUGCAAAGAUCAAUUACCAGGGUUUAAGAUUGCCAUAGUUCGUUAA